GUUCUCUCAUUUUUUGGACCUCUAAAAUGGCAAGUCUUUGUACCUUUCUAUGAAAAAAAAAAUAAAGACUUUGGAUCCUUUAUAAAUCACCUUUCACUUUCCUUUUUACACAAUGACCAUUGUCCCCCCACCUGGCCUAAUUCUUUUUUACUCUCUGAAUUCCACAGCUUUGUUUUUUGUCAAAUCAAUCACAGGCUCUUUGGACUGUUGUUGAACAAUGUGCAUAUUUUUUCAAGAACAAAUUAUUCACUUUCAGUCACAUUUGCUCUUUUUACCUUGAGAUAUGGACACCCUUUUGGAAUCUUGGGUUAUAGGCAUUCUUUUCUUGCCUUCAUGAGUGUUAUUUCCAAAAAAAAUUGAAAAGGUAGAAACUAGGUAUUGAAGCAUUCCUAGUUUGGCCUUGAUCAUGAAAUCAAAAUUAAAGAAUGGCUUGUGUUCUGCGGUGCCUCUUCAUUUACAAGGUGAAUCUGCAACACGUUUUUGCAUGUUUCCCAAAGUGAAGUCAGUUUGCUGUAGUCCAGGCAACACACCUGUUUACCUUAAUGUGUACGACUUGACACCCGUUAAUGGCUAUUUCUACUGGGCAGGCAUAGGUGUCUUCCAUACAGGGGUGGAAGUUCAUGGUGUUGAAUAUGCUUUCGGAGCACAUGACUAUCCAACAAGUGGUGUCUUUGAGCUUGAACCUCGACAGUGCCCUGGCUUUAAAUUUAGAAAGUCGGUGUUCAUGGGAACAACAUAUCUGGAUCCUAUCCAGCUUAGAGAAUUCAUUGAGCGCCAAUCAGCAAACUACAAUGGUGACUCAUAUCAUUUAAUUGCUAAGAACUGUAAUCAUUUCUCAGAUGAUAUCUGUUACAGGUUGACUGGGAAACGGACACCUAAAUGGGUGAAUCGGCUAGCUCGAGUAGGUUCAUUGUGCAACUGCAUUCUUCCAGAAGCCCUCAAAGCUUCUACGGUGCAACAUGGCACAAAUGCGCAAAACUAUGACAGUGAGAAGAGGAAACUAAGAAGUUCUUUCAACUGUUUGUCUUCGAUCUCUAUGCGUCAAGGUGAGAAAGAAGUAUCAAUAUCAUCGCUGUUCUUGCACUCUCACUACAAAGGCUGUCUGCCUCCUUGGGAAUCCAAAAAAUCUAGAAGCAGGUCUUUGAAGGAAGGAUAAGGUCUUCGCAAUCCUCUAUAUGGAAAUCCUGUGUGAAUACUGACUUCUUCGUCAGAAUACAUUGCUAAGUAUAGCCAUUCGUGAGCUUGUUGAAAUAUUCUCGGGCCUGCUCGCUGGCUGAGGUGGCUUUCCUGUGGUGAUUUAUGCACAUUCUCUGAGUUCAGAUUCUGGUGUUACAAGUUCUGCCGAAGAUCAAAUGUCUGCAUCAGUGUUUUGAGUCCCAGAAAUGUAUUUGUUUGUUAAUUCUCUGCCCUUUUCUUAUGUGAUACUUAAAACAGAGAGGUUCUUGUUUCUCCGAUGGUAGAAAUUUAAUUUGCACGAGUA